CGGAGGCAGCCAAGUGGAUGGGCAUGGAGAGGCCGGCGGCCUGGGAGCCGCAAGGCGCGGACUCGCUGCGGCGCUUCCAGGGGCUGCUGCUGGACCGCCGGGGUCUGCUGCAUGGCCAGAUGCUGCGCCUGCGCGAGGUGGCCCGGCGCCUCGAGCGCCUCCGCAGGCGUUCCUUGGUGGCCAACGUGGCAGGGAGCUCGCUGAGCGCUGCGGGCGCUGUCGCCGCCAUCGUGGGCCUCUCGCUCAGCCCCAUCACCCUGGGGGCCUCGCUUCUGGCGUCGGCCGUGGGGCUAGGGGUAGCUACUGCUGGAGGAGCCGUCACCAUCACUUCCGACCUCUCCCUGGUCUUCUGCAACUCCCGGGAGCUGCGGAGGGUGCAGGAGAUCGCAGCCACCUGCCAGGACCAGAUGCGCGAGAUCCUGAGCUGUCUCGAGUUCUUCUGCCGCUGGCAGGGCCGCGGGGACCGCCAGCUGCUGCAGUGCGGAAGGAAUGCCUCCAUUGCCCUGUACAACUCUGUCUAUUGCAUCGUCUUCUUUGGCUCGCGUGGCUUUCUCAUCCCCAGGCGGGCCGAAGGGGCUACCAAGGUUAGCCAGGCCGUACUGAAAGCCAAGAUUCAGAAACUGGCAGAGAGCCUAGAGUCUUGCACCGGGGCUCUGGACGAACUCAGUGAGCAGCUGGAGUCCAGGGUGCAGCUCUGCACGAAGUCCAGCCGUGGCCACGACCUCAAGGUCUCUGCUGACCAGCCCGCAGGACUGUUUUUCUGA